AUGCAAGUGAAGUACGGCAGCCCUCCAGAGUGCGUCAGAACGAUGGCGGUCUUGGGGUCGGGUGGGCACACUACAGAAAUGCUGACGCUCAUGGAAGCGCUGAACCGGAGUCGUUACACGCCCAGGUGCUACGUUGUGGCUGACACAGACUCCCUGAGCGCUGCAAGAGCCACAGAGAAAGAGCGAAAUUGGGGCACACUAGAGACGAUGCAGAUGUCCAAGAUACCAAGGAGCAGAGAAGUGGGGCAGCCCUUUGUAACAUCAGUGUGGACAACGUUGUAUGCAUUCUUUUGGUGUGUGAAGCUUGUGUGGGAUUACAAACCGCAGCUGCUGUUGCUCAAUGGUCCGGGCACCUGCAUCCCUGUUUGUGUGAUGGCACUCAUGUUCAGGCUGAUGGGCUUGAUGGAUCUGAAGAUUGUUUAUUUUGAGAGCAUUGCCAGAGUGUCCUCCCUGUCACUUUCAGGCAAGAUCAUAUAUCAGGCCAGAAUGGCAGAUGUGUUCCUGGUUCAAUGGGAAACACUUCUAGCCAAGUACCCUAGGGCUAAGUGUCUAGGCCGCUUGUUCUGA